AUGGCCCGCCGAACUUCCUGCUCAACAGCAACAAGCAGCAAGGAGGGAGGCAGGACCAAGCCGGCGGAGGUGGGGGAGGAGGAAGACGGUGGCUGCUGGGCGGUGUUCGGUGGGUCGCCGCCGGCGCGCGCGGACAACCCGCUGGUGCACGACCCCCACUUCCUGCUGAACCAGCGCCAGCCCGCGGCGGACCCAACGCCGCUGGAGCUCGGAUUUUUUUACCACCGGAGCCGCACCAGCUACGUCCACCGCCCGACGUAUAGCAGCAGCAGUAACAGCAGUUUUGCCCCGUCGUCGUUCGCGCCGGGCGUGAGGAUCCAGGGGUUCGACGUCGCCGCGUGCCGGAGCUCCCACAGCAACGGCGGCAGCCGCGUGCUGUCCGCCCGCGCCUGA